CUACUCUUGCUUCAUUUUUGUCUGUUAAACACCCGGCAAAGCAUGCACAAGCGAAUUCUCAAAACGUUGAGUUGUUUUGCAAGAUGCAAUGCGUGUCGACUGUACAAAGUAGAACACCACGCCGUUUCUCUUAACUUCAGAGUAGGGCACGUGUAUCCAUUCAAAUACCUCCACGUAAGCGUUUCGGAGAUGAGGCGCGCCAAAGAAGAAAGCUCAUCGUUUAUUCUCCCUAUCCUUGUCUCUGUAACUUGCAAGCUUCCCAUCAAUGGCUUCUCCUUUGUCUUCUUCCACCGUCGUCUCUCACCGCCUUUUUUUUCUCCAUCCUUCACCUCUCAAUCGCAAAUUCCUCUUCGUAAAACCCAAAUUACCCUUUAAUCGAACCAAUUCCGGAGAUUUCCGCAUGCGUCUGCAUUCUACAUCCAGUAAAACUGGCACUAAGGAACUUAUACAUUCCUGCAAUUCUUCAAUUGAUUCGAAGUUGAACACUUUUGAAGCUGGAUCUAAAAACCUCGAGAAAUUGGUUGCAACGAUAUUGAUAUUUGUUCAAGUAUGGUCUCCAUUGCCCUUGUUUGGUCUAGACUCUGCUUACAUUUCACCUGCAGAGGCAGUUCUUUACUCUCCGGACACUAAAGUUCCAAGAACUGGAGAACUUGCUCUAAGAAGGGCUAUACCUGCUAAUCCAAGCAUGAAGAUAAUACAGGCUUCGUUGGAAGAUAUAUCAUAUCUUCUCAGAAUUCCUCAAAGGAAGCCUUACGGUACCAUGGAGAGCAAUGUAAAGAAAGCUUUAAAGGUGGCUAUAGAUGAUAAGGAUAAGAUCUUGGCUAGUAUACCAGUAGACUUAAAAGACAAGGGCUCAGAACUGUAUACAACUCUGAUUGAUGGAAAGGGUGGACUACAAGCACUUAUAACGUCUAUUAAGAAACAAGAUCCUGAUAAAGUGUCCCUUGGGCUGGCAGCAUCACUAGAUACUGUUGCGGAUCUGGAGUUAUUACAGGCAUCUGGGUUGUCAUUUCUACUUCCUCAGCAGUACUUAAACUAUCCCAGGUUAGCAGGAAGAGGAACUGUGGAAAUCACCAUUGAGAAAGCUGAUGGUUCGACUUUUUCAGCUGAAGCUGGAGGUGAUCAAAGAAAGAGUGCUACAGUACAGAUCGUUAUAGAUGGAUAUUCAGCACCUCUAACCGCAGGGAAUUUUGCAAAACUGGUAACUAGCGGUGCAUAUGAUGGAGCCAAACUCAAUACUGUAAACCAGGCUGUUAUCACAGAGGAUGGGAGUGGUAAGGUGGAGAGUGUUAGUGUUCCAUUGGAAGUAAUGCCUUCUGGACAAUUCGAACCUCUCUACAGAACGCCAUUGAGUGUCCAGGAUGGGGAGUUACCAGUGCUUCCUUUAUCGGUUUAUGGAGCUGUAGCAAUGGCGCACAGCGAAAACUCAGAAGAAUACUCUUCUCCUUACCAAUUCUUCUUCUACCUAUACGAUAAAAGAAACUCUGGCUUAGGAGGAUUAUCCUUUGACGAAGGACAGUUCUCGGUCUUCGGAUACACAAUAGCAGGAAAAGAUAUUCUCGGGCAGAUCAAGACUGGAGAUAUCAUCAAAUCUGCAAAACUAAUUGAAGGCCAAGACCGCCUUAGUUUGCCUGUUCAAAACAACAACAUCAACGAAUCCACUUGAUUCUUUUUCUUUCUUUACAUCCAAAACGUUCUAAGACUUUCUUGUCCAUAAACAGAGUGCUAAGAGUUUCAACUCUCUGCAAUUGGGUAUGAUUCUUAUUGGAUUUCCAACAUUACAAGAAAAAGAAAAGCUUUGAGCUC